AUGUCUCUUUGUGAAGACUUUAUACCACCGUUGGCUCAGCAAUGGGUUGACACAAGGGGUAGGGCAUGUGACUGGUAUGCUCAGCCUGGCGUUUGCAAUACGGACGGUGAGUUCUACACUCCAAGUCAUGGCUAUUCAGCUUUGUUUGCUUGCUGCGUUUGUGAAGGAGGAGUUCGAUCGAACGCCAACAUCAUCAAGCUUCGCCUACCAACAAGGAUGGAUCCAGCCUUCACAUCAGAAGUGAUGCACACAAUCCGCUUUUGGGCUGCUCGGCCCUUGCCAAAGCGUGGCUUCUUCCCGAUCCGCAUGGGCGCACAAAUCUCCACGUCCAAUGAUGGCUACCCUGACUACACACAAGUGGCAGGACGGUAUCUUGCGCACCUACCUCCCCAAACCAGCUAUGCAUCAGUGGUGGGCUCGUUGGUUGGCGUGGAGGGUUGGGGAAACUUGAGGCAAUUCAACUCUGACCCAGUCUGGAACAAUAUGUACAUCCGCAUGCAGAUGCCUUUGACGGUUCGCGCUGUGGGAGGUGGCCCAGAGCACACCUUGUGGCGAAGUACCGCUUAUUUCGAGGUGGUGUUGCCACCAGGCUACAAGUGCAUGCAUGCCGAGCGAGCUCUGGGCCCUGCAGAUGGUGACAACCAGGUUCAGAUGCCGUGGCUGUCAAUUGUGUCUCCUCAGGGCAAAGGCCUGUUGCCGGGCGCGGAUGUGCGGGAAGGCGGCAACCUGAGCGCUCCUGGUGUGAUUUGGCCAAGUGGAGAUUGGGAGUUUAUGGACAACAAGUGUAUCUUCUACAUGACUCCUGACAUGACGCUCUACGAUCGCCAGCGCCUCUACCUGUACAUUUGGGCCUUGAACCCGUCACGGCCAAUGCCAAGAGAUGAUCCGGAGAACGUUUGGCAGAUCAAUUUCAGAUCUGCUGGCACUUGGGCUCUUCCGGAUCAACACACAAUACCAUGCCAGCCCUUUCUUCCACCAUUCUGCAAUGAUACAGGAGAAAAGUACUUUGUGAAUCCUGAAUCCUAUCCGCUGGUGUACCGUGACUAUUCGCUCCUCUACCCCAACUACACAGAAGUAGAGAUGGAUCUUGGCCCCUACGACUUUGCUGUCCCACCAGGUGAAGACCACUACUUUGUCACGAACUUUGCAGUGCUCGGCGUGCUGAGGCAAACCGUAGUGCAGCCUCCAUCGGUUGUGCUAGGUUCCAGGACCAAAUUUCAGCUUUGGUUUGUUGCUGAAAUGGGAGCUGACCGUGGAGGUUUCGUUGGGGUUCAUUCACCUGGAGGCUUCGAAUUUGGAGAUCCAUGCUCUGCGCGAAACUUGCCAGAGGAGUAUUACUCGUCUUUCGGGCCGCCGGGUAUGGUGGUGCCUCAACGUGUGUGGCCUCUGGAGGACAUGGGUGACUGCCAUUUGGGGAGUCCACCCAGCUGGCACCCCAACGGGAACUAUGCCAUGAUCAAAGUUGCAGGCUCAGUGAUUGCCGACCGAUUAUAUGGGCUGGAGAUCGAUAUUGACCUUCCAGCGUACUUCCUGUCGCAGAAUCACAGUAGCGACUACUGGGCCUUCCACAUUAGUGUGGUCGACGGCUUCGGCUAUGGCCGAGACUCCACCUAUAUCACUGCCUCCUUUCAGCCGGAUUUGGCGGAGCCGUGGGACUUUUAUCAGGCAGCACCGCUGGUGAACCCCAUUCCGGUGAACUUGGAUAUGUUCCCGUUCGCUCACACCAGUCUGAAGUCUGUGGUUGACAUUGGCCCGAUCAUGCUUAACGUCACGAUCACGGAGCAGUUCCGGCUCUCAGCACCCCUGGGCUACAGAUGGGCUUGGAAUAUUUUUGACAUUUUUAACGAGUUCAUCUACCGAUUCCUGCCUGGACAGCCGGGCUCUCAGCUGAAAGUGACAUAG